AGCAUUGAAUAUCACACAAAUUUUAACGAAACACAAAGAUGAUUAGGUUUACGGUUUUAUCACUCUUUCUCUUAUUGCUUUGCACUGAUUCAUCGGCUAAGUCAGCUAAGUUUGAUGAGCCUGAUAAGUCGGACGAAAACGACGAUGUCGCCACUGUACCGUCAUGUUGUGGGUUUUCAGCGCCUCUUCUGAUCAAGAAAGAUCAAUGGCAACCAAUCUUCUCGACCCAGUUUGGACAGAUCUCAACCGUUCAAAUAGGCGAUGGAUGCGGUGGGAUGGGGCCUUACAAAAUACAUUCCAUAACGCUAGAACCAAACGCGCUUUUGCUCCCUCUUCUUCUUCAUUCAGACAUGGUCUUCUUUGUCGACUCUGGAAGUGGGAUUCUGAAUUGGGUCGAGGCGGAAGCGACAAGUACUGAGAUAAGACUAGGGGAUGUUUACAGGCUACGUCCCGGUACAGUUUUCUACUUACAGAGCAAACCGGUGGAUAUCUUCCUUGGAACCAAACUUAGGAUUUACGCUAUCUUUCCAAACUCCCAAGAAUGUUUACAUGAUCCCUGCUUUGGUGCGUAUUCAAGUGUCACAGAUCUCUUAUUUGGUUUUGAUGAGACAAUUCUCAAAUCAGCUUUUGGGGUUCCUGAGGAGAUUAUAGGGCUGAUGAGGAACCGUACGCAGCCACCAUUGAUCGUGCAUGAUAUGCUGACCACACCUGGUGUGGCCAACACCAACACAUGGCCGCUCCAAACGCGAUUACUCAAAAUAUUUUCUGGAAGUGCGGACUCGGUGGAGAACAAGAAGAAGGAGAAGGAGGAGAAGGAGAAGGGGAAGGAGAAGGAGAAGGAGAAGAAAGACAAAAAGGAGAAGAAAGACAAAAAGGAGAAGACAAAGAAGGCUAAGACAUUCAACGUAUUCGAAUCCCAACCAGAUUUCCAGAGCCCUAACGGUCAAACCAUAACCAUUAACAGGAAAGAUCUUAAAGUAUUACAAGGCUCAAUGGUUGGAGUUUCCAUGGUGAAUCUAACCCGGGGAUCAAUGAUGGCACCACACUGGAACCCAUGGGCUUGCGAGAUAUCCAUUGUGCUGAGAGGAUCAGGAAUGGUUAGGGUGCUUAGGAAUUCCAUUUCAAGAUCAUCAUCAGAGUGUAAGAACAAGAGGUUUAAGGUAGAGGAAGGAGAUAUUUUCGCUGUUCCACGGUUACAUCCAAUGGCUCAAAUGUCUUUCCUUAAUGACCCGUUGGUGUUUGUUGGGUUCACUACUUCGGCUAAGAAUAACGAGCCGCAGUUCUUGGCUGGUAAGAACUCGGCUCUGCGGUCGCUUGAUCGGGAGGUAUUGGCUGCGACGUUUAAUGUGAGUAAUUUUAUGAUUGCUGGAUUGUUGGAAGCUCAGGAGGAAGCAGUUGUGUUGGGAUGUCCUGCUUGUGCGGAAGGAGAGUUGGAGAAGCUUAAGCAAGAACAAGAAGAAAAGAAGCCGUGGCCGCCUCAGCAACCACCACAACCGUUCCAACCGCAGCCACCGGGAGAAAAACCACCACAACCGUUCCAACCGCAGCCUCCGCAAGGAGAACCACAAAAACCACCGCAAGGAGAAGCACAAGGACCACAAAAACCAUUCCAGCCGCAGCCAGAGCAAGGAGAACCACAAGGACCGCAAGCAUCCAUGGAGACGAAGAUGAGAGAUGAAGAGAGGAAAAGAGAGCAAGAAGAGGCGAAAAAGGAUGAGGAAGAGAGAUGGAGACAAGAAGAGAAGUUGUGGCCGUCUCAGCCUCAGUGGGAAGUCUGAGAAGGAUGAGAGAACGCCUAGAGAAGCUGUAAGUUGCAAGAGUGUUUGGGUUGUUGUAUAUGGUCAAACUUUGGUUUGAUGUCUCUUGUUUUUUCUCUCCUUUCUCCUUUUGUUCAUUUGUUUAUGUGUUCUGUAUUGCUUUCUUCUUUUGGUUUCGAUGUCUACGUUUAUGUAUCGUAUUGUGUUGUUUUAUUAAAAUGUUUGUAUAUGCGGAACGUGAAUAAUAAAAUUGUUAGAGCGACUACGUUUUCUUCUAGUGAA